GAAGGAAGGAAGGAAGGAAGGAAGGAAGGAAGGAAGGAAGGAAGGAAGGAAGGAAGGAAGAAGAGAGAGAGGGGGAGAGAGGGAAAAAGAGAAGAAGGGAGAGGCAUAGAAAGGGUCCUUCAAGAAACUUACAACUAAUGAGAGAAGACUACACACAAAAGGAAGCUGAAAACUAGAGGAAGGGAAAGAGGGAAUCAGAAAGGGAAGGAGACAUGAUGGAGAAGGCAGAAAUGUCCCAGAGGAGAGGUGCCAAAUAAGAAAUCAGUUAUGAGCUAAGCUUUUUUUAAUGCAGUUUGAGGAAAGUGAGUCAGGUAUUGAUUAAAUCAUCUAACCAAAUUCACACAGCUAGUAGGGAAGUUUCUGCCUUCCAAUCUGGGCCAAAUCUUCAUAGGCUGGUUUUCUUCCUUGGUUUUUUCUAGCCCUCAUCAGGACAAGGUCACAGGGCAACCAAACCAGUUUAUACAGCUCAGCCAUCCAGCUUGGAGACAGUCCAGAUUGGCCGUCUUGGACCAUGCAACUGCUGUUCCAGUCUCUUCUCCUCUACACAACUCCAUCCAGCAUAGUCUUAUUCCAAGAGGAAAGAUCCAGCCAGAACUACAUUGUCACUACUCCACUGCAGACCCUUAUCACCUCACAUCUGGACUACUGUAAUAGUCAUCAGUGGAAAGAAAAGGGAGCAAUAGCUCCAAGCCAUGGGAGCCUGAAGCAGCUGAAUAAAAUGAUUAAACAGGCAACAGGAAAAAAUCCUCUCUUCAGUUAUCUAAACUAUGGGUGCCACUGUGGACUAGGAGGCAAAGGUCAACCCAAAGAUGCAACUGACUGGUGCUGCAAGAUUCACGACUGCUGCUACAAACACCUAAAGCAACAGAGAUGUCAUGUCCUUGUGGACAGAUACAACUACAACUAUAACGAUGGGAACAUUGAGUGCUGUGGGGGGAGCCAGUGUGAAAAGAAGAUUUGCCAGUGUGACAAGGAACUUGCCCUCUGCCUGCAGCGAAAUCUGGGGAGCUACCAGAAGAGCUACCGUUCCUAUUGGAAGUUCCUCUGUCAAGACAAGAAUCCAGAAUGCUAAAUGAAACCCUCCUUUAUUUUUAGUGGGAAGAGAGCUUAGAUGGGGUUCUAACUCUGCUGUGAAGCCUUAAAAAAAAAAAAAAAGCAAAACAAAAACCAGAACCUAUUACAUUGGUUUUGAGAAGUCACUUCAAAAUAGACUGGAAUCUUUGAAGUAAAUUUUUUAGAUUUCAUGGUACUCUGGGUAUUCUAUAUGGGUCUUCUAGCUCUGACAUUCUGUGUUCUAAGACUCUUCUAUACUUUUAAGGGUACUCCCAACUCUAACAUUCUGUGUUCUAAUAUCCUUCUAGCUCUGAUAUUCUGUGUUCUAAAGACUCUCCCAGUUCUAACAUUCUCUAGUCUGAGGACUCUCCCAGUUCUGACUUCUUUGUCUAAGGGCCUUCUCAGCUCUGAUAUCCUGUGUUCUAAGGACCUUCCCAGCUCUGACAUUCUAUGUUCUAAGGGUCCUCUCAGAUUUGCUAUUCUGGGUUCUAAGAUUCCUUUCAACUCCAUACUCUACAUUCUAAGAUUCCUCCUGCUCUGAUAUUCUGUGUUCUAAGUUCCUUCCAGUACUGACAUUCUCAGUUCUAAGAGCCCUCCCAGUUCUAACAUUCUAGGUCUAAGGUCUCUUCCAGAUCUGACAUUCUCUACUCUGGGGGCUCUCCCAACUCUGACUUUCUGUGUUCUAAGUGUUCUUUCAGCUUUGAUAGUCUGGGUUCUAAGAUCCCUCUCAACUCUCAUACUCUAGGUUCUAAGGUCCCUCCUGUUCUGAUAUUCUCUGUUCUAAGGUCCUCCCAGUUCUGACAUUCUGUGACAUUUUCUAUACUAAGGUCCUUCCAGGCCUGACUUUCCAUGAUUGAUUGUCCAUUCUGAGCACUAUCAGCCUCCCUGGAAUAAGUAUGUGGCUAUCCAAGAUCACUUUUCUGGGAAGAUAAUGAUUAAUUAUCUUCUGUUUUUUAAACCAAAAGAUGGGUACUUUUUUAGUCACAUCUUUCAGCCAGAUGUGUGGUCCUCACUCCUGGGAUCUAGGAGCAACCUUUCCCUUCUGAUUCCUAGCUGCAGAAAAUGGGGGGGAAGCAAUCAGACAUGCUCUUCACUGCCUGCCUUGGAAAAGUCAGGCUAGGCAAUUUUCCAAUGGCUAAAGUGCCCCCAUUGUCUUCCACAGGGUCAUGAUUCCUCCCAAUCCUACAAGAUACUUUGUGACAAUGAUAACUGGUCAAUAAUCAAUGAACAUUUAUUAAGUGCCUACUAUAUGCCAAGUAUAGUGGAGAUGCAAAAACAUGCACAUAUGUAAGGCAAAUAGAGUCAAGUGACUUGCCCAAAGUCACACAGCUACUAAGUGUCUUAGGCUGGAUUUGAAUUUAGGGCUUCCUAACUGUAAAACCAGCUCUCUAUCCACUAAGCUACUUAACUGUCUUGUUUCUUUGGCUUCCUUUAAAACUUAGUCCCAGCUAAAAAAGACUUUUCCUAGUUCCUUUGCUCCUCCCUUUCCCUUUCCCUUUCUUAUUUCCCCCCUACUCUAAAUGUAUCUUGAAUAUACCUAUUCAUUGACAAGUCAUCUUCCUCAUUAGAAUGUGGGCUGCUUUAGGACAACAAUUGGUUUUUGUUUUGUCUCUUCGUUGCCUGUGCUAUGGGCCUAGCAUAGAGUUAGGGCAUUUUGGAAUGUUUGUUGAUAAAUUACUAGCAGUUCACUGAAGAGAUGUGGGAUUUCUACACAUCUGUCCUGUUCUGUAGACUGUUCUGAGACUAACUUCUUUUUUUUUAAUAAUAGUUUUUUUAAUUUUCAAAAUACAUACAAAGAUUAACAUUCACCUUUGUGUUCCAUCUUUUCUCCCUAUUUUCCCAUCUUCCCCUUUCCCUAGACUGUAAGUAAUCCAAUAUAGAUUAAAGAUGUGCAAUUUUUAAAAACAUAUUUCUACAUUUCUCAUUACACAAGAAAAAUCAGAUUGAAAAGGAAAAAAUGAGAAAGAAAAAAAAAGCAAGCAAACAACAACAAAAAUGGUGAAGACACUAUGUUGUGAUCCACAUUCAGUCCCCAUAGUAUUCUUUCUGGAUGCAAAUGGCUUUCUCCAUCACAAGUCUAUCAGAAUUGGCCUGAAUCACCUCAUUGUUCCAAAGAGUCAUGUCCAUCAGAAUUGAUCAUCCCAUAAUCUUAGUGUUGCUGUGUACAAUGUUCUCUUGGUUUUGUUCCCUAUAGCCUCUUUCUAGAACUUUACUGAGGCCUAGAGAAGGCAGAUGACUUGUGUGUGAUUGCAAUGAUAAUAAAUAGCAAAACCAAAGUUCUCA